AUGAAGACGACCACCAUUCUUUGCCUGGCCGCUGGUGCCCUGGCGGCACCCACCCGUACCAUUGAGAACCGUCAGCUCGGUGGUUCUAGCAGUGGACUCGGUGCGCUGGAGUCUGCCUUCUCUAGCCUUGGAUCGGGAAGCUCUACCUCUGGCGGUCUCGGUGCUCUGAGCUCCCUUAUCCCCAGCUUUGGGUCAGGAUCGACUGGGAGCUCUACAUCUAGCGGCCUUGAUGCCCUGGAGUCGGCCUUCAGUGGUAGCUCCGGCCUCGGCAGUGUUUUAAAGUCGCGCGCUUACUCAAGCUCGAUCACCGCGAACGGUAUUACCGAUGGCGACGCUUGCCAGGAGUUGACCUUCAUCUUUGCCCGUGGCAGUGAUGAGCUGGGCAAUAUGGGUUCGGUUGUUGGCCCUGAGGUCGCAACCCAGCUGAACUCUCUGCUUGACGACAAGGUUGUGGUGCAGGGUGUCACUUACGAUGCUACUGCUGAGAGCAACGCUGAGAUGGGUGCCAAUGGUGGUCCCGUCAUGGCCAAGCUUGUCACGACCGUCCUUGCGAAGUGCCCCAACACUAAGGUCGUCUUGAGCGGAUACUCCCAGGGUUCCAUGGUGCUCCACAACGCCAUGAGCAGGCUCAGCUCGGGCGAUGUUGCUGGUGCCGUUCUCUUCGGUGACCCCUUCAAAGCCCAGGCUGUUAGCAACAUCGCCGCCGCCAAUGUUAAGGAGUUCUGUGCUACUGGUGAUCCCGUCUGCGAAAACGGGUUUAACGUCAUGGCCCAUCUGAGCUACGGCAGUGAUGCCUCCGCAGCUGCUACCUUCCUGGUCAAGGCUGCUGGUCUUUCCUAA